GUGCGAUAAUGGGCGCGCACGCCAAGGAAGGCAACCCCGCGGGCGUGGAGCGUACUUUCGAAAGGAUGAAGCAUGUGGGGGUGGUGCCGAAUGUCGCUUCCUACAACAUGUGGAUAAGGGCGCACACGAAAGCGGGCGACCCGAGGGGCGAAACCGAGAUCAGCGAAGGCGUUGAGAGGGUCCUGGACCUGAUGUCUAAGGACGAAACCGUGGGAGCGCCUGACGAAAAAACCUUCCGCGCGCUUUUCAAUUACUACCUGAAUAAUGGCCAGCAAGAGCGCGCCAGACAGCUUCUCGACUUGAUGAAGGAAGCGCUCCUUUAG